AAUUUCAAUUUUGAAAAAUUAUUUUUGCUUAUAAAAUCAAUCGAAAGCUGUCAUUUCUCACUGUCUCUCUCAAGCCAAACCUAGUUUAUCUCUUGAGCCAGCACAACGGUGAUGGGUUUCUGUGCGUCUGGGCACUUUUAUCUCUGGCAACUAAGUCUCUUGGAGAUCAAAUGAUGUGGGGAUGCUCUUCUAAUGUUAAAUUACGUUCAUUUAUUAUGUGUUAUAAAACUUAUGAAAGAAAAUUGUGUCUAGCAUUUGGCUAGAGAACUUGAUAUGAGAAGCUUGAUCAAAGUUUUGUCAUUUUAAAUACUAUUUUUCUCUUGGGUAAACUUUUAUGACAACUUUGGUUUAUUCGCUCGUUUUUCCCAUGAGAGUUCUUGUUUUGCUCAAUGGUUAUGUUUGAAAAAUUCAGGUUGCACAUCAAUAUCAAACUCUUCAGAUGCUUUUUGGUUUUGUAAGUUUGAGAUUUUGGCUUCUUGAAGUGGAUUUUGGGAUCUCUCAUGGAUGAUUAUAUGAUUUACCUGUUGACAUUGGUGUUGCUCAGUAAUGCCUUAAACUUGUUCUUUAAAAUUUGGUUGGUAUUGUCUCCUUUUGGCUUCCAUCAAUGGGAUUUGGGAAGCUGAUAUGCUGGGUUGAUGUCUCCUUUAUAGCAGUGUAUUCUGUUUAUUUGAUGAGUUGACUUAUAGAACAUGAAACCAUCUGCUGUUUGUGUCCUGGGAAAGCUAACACAUAGGUUUUUAGGUGAAAUCUUUUUGGAUUUAAAUAUUUUAUUCUGAUUGGUUUAAUCUCUCUUGGAAACUGGACCCACCCUGACUCUGCAUAUCAUCACUAUUAGUAAACAAGUGAUAUCUAAUCUGUAAUGCUCGGGAAUGGAGCAUAUGUAAUAAUGAGUUUCUUUAUUGGAAAGUUAACAAGAUUUUAUAACAAUUUUUGCGUCCUUAUUCUUCCUCAAUUGCAACACAGAUGUUCUUCAAACAAAUGUCAUUUUUGUGUGUUUUUUAUAAUUAAUUUAAUUCCAUAUUAGCUCAUACUUCUGAAGAGAGUUAUAUUUAUAUUAAUAUGUUUUACAUUUUAGAGAAAAUAUUGUUUUUGUGCCAUAUCAAAAUGAUCAAUUAAUUUAACUACUGUUGAAAAACUUUGAGCCCUUCUGCUUUGAAGUAACUUGCAUUGGUGAUGGAAUAAAAAAGAAACCAUUAUCUUCAUGUGUUUCCUAUGGUAUACGCAUUUAGUUACCCAAAGUUUGAAAUAUGUGUUUUUAGGUUUUAUUCACUCGUUGCAUGGAAUCGUCAGCAGAAGAGUAUUCUGCAUUUGAACAGAAAGUUAGUAGGACAGUAUACUUUGACAACCUGUCACCACAGGUCACUGAAUCUGUGAUAAGAACUGCCCUUGACCAGUUUGCCACUGUAAAAAAUGUCAAGUUUAUUCCCAACUACUUUGGACCUAGCAAUCUUCCGCAAUGUGCAUUAGUAGAAUUAGAUUCUGCCAAAAAGGUCAAGGAAAUUGUAUCAAUGGUAGGACAAUAUUCUUUUAUGAUGUCUGGGAUGCCACGGCCAGUAAGGGCUCAGCCUGCUGUGAUGGAAAUGUUUGAUGAUCGGCCAAUAAAGCCUAACAGAAAGAUUAAGGUACGUUGGUUGAAGCCAAGUGAACCUGAUUUUGAGGUGGCGAAGGAACUAAAGAAUCUUACACGCAAACAUGCUGCAGAAAUAGAAUUUGUACGCAAAGUAAGUUCAUUUCUGCUGCAACUAGACGAGGAAGAGAAGCUUGCAAAGCAGCAGGAAGAAACGCUUAAAGUGCAUUACAAAAAGUUCAAGAUGAUAGAUGGUAUUAUGGCUGAUAAAACUGCCCAUCGUCUGGCGAGAAAGUAUAAUCUGCAUGUUGCAGAUGAAUGAAGUCUUCGUUUGGUCUACAAUUCAUGUAAAUAUAUGUUUUUCUUUUUUCUGGCUAGAAUCAAGGCUUGUUGCGUCGUGCUACUACUACUGAUGAAGUUCAGUUCAUACAUGGUAUAUAAUCAUGCCUAAAGAUAAUCUUUUGUGUCGUUUUCUUUUGAUUCA